GCGGAGGGGGCAGGGCUUCCUGUUUACCGACCUCCACCGAGCCACCUAAGCAGAUGUCAGGCAGCAUUCCCGCCCCCCCCCCAGCCCCACCCCUCCCAGGGUGGGGUCUGCAGAGGCCCACAGGGCAGGCAUGGUUCUGGGUACCCCUCCCCUCUGGUCAUCAGUUUCCCCAGCCCCCUAAUGUGAUGGGGUGGGGGAUGGGGUGGGCUUCUUGCUGAGCUGGGCUGUGGUGGGGUCGCUUCUGGGCCUGGCAGGGCCUCCCCUGGCUGUGUCCCUUUCCUCACCAGGAGUGGUGUCUGAGAGGAAGACGACCAGCACUCAGGUCGCACACACUCUGGGCCCCUGUUCUAAGCGCCUCGCCAACAGUAACCUGUCAAAUCCUCUCUCUGACGCUGUGAUGCAGAGAUGGUUUUUAUGCCUGUGGACUCCCGAGGCGAUGGAGGCAGAGAGAGGUUUGGACACUUGCCAGAAGUCACACAGCAGGAAGUGCAGGCACCAGGAUUUGAACCCCAGAUUAGUGUCCCCAGUUACUCAGCACAGGAACCAGCGCGGAAUGGAUUCACUGCCUCCUCCCCCACCGAGCGGGGAGGAGAGACCUUGCCCCCACUGGGCAGAGGUGAGUCGGGAGUUGGGCCCCAAUGCCCAGGCCGGCCUGUCAUGAGGACACCUGGCGCCACCCUCCUCGCAGGCCCGAGCCGAUCACUCCCCUUCCUGGGCCCCACUGUCGCUGUCCCUGCAGUAGAGGAGGGAGGCUCGUGGCCCCUGAGCACCGCGCCCCCCCCCCCGCCCCCGCGCCCCGACUCCGUGCCUGCCCAGGAGAGAGCACUGUUCUAGGAGUGGUGCCUAUUUGUCCGUUUGUCCAGCAGAUGUUUAUUAGAGACUCAGCGUCUGGGGGCCCUUCCUGCUGGCAGCUCCAGGCCCACUCCACGUUAGUCCCGGCCAUACUCAUCUUGCUGGCUCCUCACAAACCCAGACUAGACCUGGGACUGGUCCACCUUGGGUCCCACAAGGGGAAACUGAGGCUGGGAGGGAGGAAGCAGGGAAGUAGAUCACAAAGCCGCCGGGCAGGCAUCCGUCCUGGUCUUGCCCUCGGCUUCCCCACCUGCGAACAGCAUGGGGCCUCUGCCCUCGGCUCGCAUCACAGUUUCCUGUUGCAUCUUUGUCCCGGGAGCCACCAAAGCUCCAGUCACCGAGUGCCAUGUGCCUGUGGGGUCCCGGCCCCGGGUGCAUCGCAGGGCCAGGAGCACGGCCCUCGUCACAGCUGUGAACCCAGCGUCCAGGUCACUGUCCAGCGCCCAGUCGUGCUCAGUACACGAAGGAGGGGCCCCCUCGCCGGCCUCAUGGGCGGCCCGGGCAGCAUAUGCCGGUCCUGUUUCUAGAAGGAAACCCUCUCCUCUCUCGUCUACAAACGGGGCAGCAGUGGGACCACCCACCGGGUGGUUGUGAGAACCGGAGGGGGGGCGGCGGGACGUUAAGAGCUGCACCGCGGAAGCGCUCAGUAAUAAAUUCAGCUGCGUUGUUGUUGCUGCUGUCAUUUUACUCGUCUUAGUAAUGCGGGAAGCUGCUCAACGGAGAAACGGCCCCAGCAGGUGCGGGUCUGUGCCCACCCCCCGAACUGAGGCAGGGGCUUGGGGUUUCUGGGGUCCCCGACUCCGCGGGUCCGCAGGCACGACGCUGGGGUGGCCGCGAGGGACCACCUGCACCCCUCCCACCAGCGCGUGUGUCCGGCGGAGCGCGCGCGCGGCCCUACUCGGAGGAAUACGGCGGCGCGGGGCGGCUUCCCGCCGGUGAAUGAGCGACUGCGCGGCGCCGCCGUGUGGACGCGGCCCCGGCCUCGGCGCCCAGACCCUGAGUGUCCGCGGGACGCGCCCAGCUCCGGCCACCACCCGGACAGACCCCUCCUGGCCUCCCGCCUGCGCCCCGAUGAAGAAAACCAACAUGUGGUUCUUGGAGCGGCUCCGGGGAUCCGGGGAAGACGGCCUGGCGGGGGCCGAGGGGGGCGACAGGGCCUCCCGGGGGCCCCUGUACAGCAACGUGCUCACGCCCGACAAGAUCCCCGACUUCUUCAUCCCCCCGAAGCUGCCCGCCGGCCCCGCGGAGCCCGAGGCGCAGGCUGAGCCGGGCCCGGCGGCCGCGGAGCAGAGUCCGGCCGCGCCCGCGCCCCGCCGCGCCCCCCGGAGCCCGCGGCUGCCCGCGCGCCUGGCGGCCGAGAGCCGGAGCCUGCUCAAGGCGGCCACGCGGCACGUGAUCCAGGUGGAGAGCGCCGAGGACUGGCCGGCGGAGGAGGCCGCCACCAACGCCGACCCCCAGGCCCAGGGCGCCAUGUCCCUGCCCUCGGUGCCCAAGGCACAGACGUCCUACGGCUUCGCCACGCUGGCCGAGAGCCCCCACACGCGGCGCAAGGAGUCUCUGUUCCACAGCGAGCACGGGGCGCUGGCCCAGGUGGGCUCCCCGGGCGCCGCGCGCCGUCGGGGGGGCGCCAAGGCCGACGGGGGCGACGGGGGCGCUCGGGAGGCCGGGGGGGCCCUCAUGAGCCCCAGCCGCUGCCUCAGCGGAGGGGAGAGCGACACGGGGUCCUCGGCAGAGUCCUCCCCCUUCGGGUCGCCCCUGCUCUCGCGCUCCGUGUCGCUGCUCAAAGGUUUCGCCCAGGACAGCCAGGCCAAGGUGAGCCAGCUCACGCACUCGGUGGGCCGCCACGGCUCCCUGUCGGCCGACGACAGCACGCCGGACACCAGCCCCGGGGCCCGGCGUCGGCCGACCCGCAGGGCCGCCGCGGAGCCCGGCCCCGAGCCCAGCCCGGCGCCGCGCGCGGAGCACACGGUGCGGAUGGGGCUGCGGGGCAGCGUGCGGCUGCUGGCGGAGUACGAGGCGGCCCAGGCCCGGCUGCGGGUGCGGCUGCUGGCGGCCGAGGGCCUCUACGACGGGCUGGGCGACGCGCGCGGCAUCCACUGCUGCGUGGGCCUGUGCCUGGUGCCCGGGAAGCUGCAGCGGCAGCGCAGCACCAUCGUCAAGAACAGCCGGCACCCCGUCUUCAACGAGGACUUCUUCUUCGACGGCCUGGGGCCCGCCAGCGUGCGCAAGCUGGCCCUGAGGAUCAAGGUGGUCAACAAGGGCAGCAGCCUCAAGCGAGACACCCUGCUGGGGGAGAAGGAGCUGCCCCUGACGGCGCUGCUCCCCUUCUUGUGAAAGCCCCCCGCCCCCCACCCUGGGGCCUGGGCGGGAGGCGGCCGGUCCUGAUGCUGAAGGCGGCCGGGGUCCUGGGUUGCCGACGACGAGCAAGCGGGCUGCGAUGUUUCAUGGAUUAACUUCUGAGAAGGAAGAGAAGGGGCCACUUUGCAGGGCCGAGCGUCCCCCGUGCCCCGAAUCCCAGGCCCCCGGAUGCCACCUCACCUUGUCAGAGUCCUGGGACCUGUCCUAGGAGGUGGCCAGCCCGAGCCGAUCCAAAUCUCCUCUGUGGACGAGCGUCCUCCGCCCCCAGGCCUGCCAGGUGCCCCCGAGGGCAGUGCCAGGCCUGGUUCUGCCAACGGCGCCCAGGGGGCUGCAGGGGGCACCUCCUCUGGCUAGGUUGUGCCUGGGCAGCCCUCGGUCCUCCAGGCUCCUGGUGGAAGAGGGCGGGGCGGGAGGCAGCCAUGGAGGACGUCCCCGAGCUCCUCUCUUGUCCCCAGGAGCCGCAUGACCUCCCCUCGGCGUUUUCCUCCUGCGCCUUCUCCGCUUGCUGUUCAGGUGCAGACCCGCCUGGCCAGUCCACCCGCGCCUGCUGGGGGCCCUGGGGCCCUGCUGGGCGUCGGGAGCCCCCUCCCCUGGGGGGUGUUGCUCAGAAGGGGCCCAGAGAGCAGCCCCAGCCCGUGGCCCAUUCCUCCCGUCCCUCCGCGCUGGGGGCCGCUGGGGAGGGAGGCCCGGUCACCGGCAGCCGUGGCUCUCACUCCACGUGUGUAAAUAGGUCUCGGUCAGGGUGGGCGGGACACAGGAGCCGCUGGGGGACCCUGGUUGUGGCUUUUCAUGCUGCUAAUUGUUGUGUCUCGUGUGGGUCCUGGAACGGUCUCCGUGGCGGUUUUCCAGCUCAUCGAGACGGACCAGGCGGGCUCUGCCCCUUUGCCUCUCUCGGGCUGCCUGCUGAGCACCGAGGGACCAGGGCAGUCCGUGGGGGCCCUGGGGGUCCGUCCCUGCUCAUCGUCCCCCCUCACUCUGCAGCCUGGGGACCACCCAGGGCCAGCCUCGUGGGUGGAGGCGGACGCAGGGCCCUGCAUGAGUUCAUCCGAUGCCUGGAGCUGGCCCCCCAUCCCUGCCCGGCUCUCCCCGGGCCCGCAUUUCACAGCCCCUGCGCUGUCUGGUAUCUGUGUUCUGACCUGACUGUAGGUAAACCUUGAAGAGGCCCUCCCCCAAGCGUGUCUGUUUAUAAAUGUUGUUCUUAGUGCAAUAAAGGUGUUCUGAGGAUGCGGGGGUGGAGAGCUGCUCGCUCGGCUGUUUAAUAACAACAGGAAUUCUGCUGUGAAUUCCAGCGAGGAUGGCAGCCCUCGGUCCAUCGAGCAAUCGGGGAAGCCCCUUGACCCUCUCGGCCAUGGUCUCUCCCACUUGUGGGGGCUGCCGGGGACCCCAGGCCGUGCUGUGACCGCAGCUGAGGUUGUUCACCUGGUCCGUGUGGGGGUCCUGUCCUCACCCUCCGUCCGCGUCACACCCGCAGGGCAGA